GCCGCCGCGGCCUGAGCGACCCUCGGCCGGGGCGGGGUGUGGGCGGGCCUCAGUCUCCCCGCGGGCGCGGAGCCGACCUUUGACCUCAGGCGCGCGGCGAGCCCGCCUGUCACUCAGGUGCACCAGGAUGCCCGUCAUGGUGGACGACAUCAUGAAGCUGCUGUGCUCUGUUUCCGAGCAGAGGAAAAUGAAGGCAGCCGUCAAGCACUCGGGAAAGGGCGCCCUGGUCACCGGGGCCGUGGCCUUCGUCGGCGGGCUGGUCGGGGGUCCGCCGGGACUAGCCGUUGGGGGGGCCGUUGGGGGUCUGUUAGGGGCCUGGAUGACAAGCGGGGAGUUCAAGUCCGUUCCGCAGAUCAUCAUGGAGCUGCCCCCCGCGGAGCAGCAGAAGCUCUUCCACGAGGCCACCGCCAUCGUCCGGCACCUGGACUGGACGGACGCCGUGCAGCUGACGGCGCUGGUCAUGGGCAGCGAGGCGCUGCAGCAGCAGCUGCUGGCCAUGCUGGUGGGCUACGUCACCAAGGAGCUGCGGGCCGAGGUUCAGUACGGCGACUAGGCCACUCCCCAGCUCCGUCGGACGACUCCAGGGAGGAGACUGGGGGUGGGGGGAAGCCUUGCGGUCCCCUGAGAAACCCGCGCUUCGUCACUGCGGUCCCUUCAACGUGACGCGGUCGCCGGCUGGAGGAGCCACUGCCGUGCUGUGUCGUGUUCCAGAAAUUAUUUAUGAAGACGCCUUGUUUCCGUGGUUGUGCGCACUAGUGAGCCGCGACAGCCCUUUGCCUGGCACCCGGGAAGAGCAGGGGCCUUCCCGCCGCAGGCCGUCGUGGCUGUCUGCCGAAUCCUCGCACUCGCGUGGGGUCUGGAGGACGUUACCACAUUCAGGUGACUUUCUGAUGACGCUUCAUCCUCCCCCCGACGGGGCCUUUGGCGCCUCUUCCAGCACCUGUUGUGCGACUGGUCCCCUUCCCCCAACCCGGGCCCUGGGGUCUCAGAGCCUCGCGGCGGCUGUCCCGGAAUCACGUUUGCCCCCAGCGCGCACCCUUCCCCGCCGGGACUUGCGGUCGGCCUCCCGGAGUGGGGCACUCGCCCGUGAGUGAGGCUGGAGCGCAAGCGCCCUCGGCCCCUCCUCACACGGGCUGCGCGCCGCGGCUCUGCCCGCCAGGGCCUUGCGUCCACCACGCGGAGAGUCUUGGUGGUUCUUGAAUUACA